AACUCUCUGAGCUGCACGAAACUCAUAGAUAUUACCACCAUCUCCAGCGAAAUUCAGUCUAGUUCCAUCAGGGAAAUACCAGUCUCCACGAUGGAUGCCCUGACCACCACUACAACAUGUGCUCAGGUCAGUGAUACACCGAACACUUUCACCACCAUCCUCAGGUCUCCCCACUUCACUGAUAUCCACAUAGGAAUUGUUGGCCAGAGUCUGGCCCAUGAAGGAGACAUAAGGAAAGGUCUGAGAGUGGACCUCCACCAGAGACCAGAAGAGACUCAACAGAGACACAAUUCUCAUCAUUGAUCUGUUGCACAUCACUACAACCACGGACUGAGCAACUGAGUUAACAUAGGCUGAUGGAUGGCAGAGAUAAAACACUCCCAAUCUAGACAUAUAUGGAAAACAGAA